AUGUCUCUCGCCCUCCUCAGCCUGAGGAUGAGUAAUCCACCGAGGAGGGAGGGAGAGGGAGGAAACAGGAGGGAGGAGGGAGGGAACAGGAAACCUACGCAGCUUCAGCAUCAGAGAGCAGAACCAGACGAUGGAGAUUCAAAAGCUAGCUCCCUGCUGAAGCUCCGGGCUCUGGAGGGGGAGGGGGGGCCGUCGCCGGGAUCCUCCCCAGACGAGAGCCCCCCUCCUCUGGGCAGCAAGGGGCAGAAGAGCCCCCCUAGCCCGGGGGAGACAGGGAGGGGGGAAACACUGGCUCUCUGCCACAGCCCCCCCCCCACUGACGAGAACAGCCCCCCAGAGCCCCUCGCCCCCCCCAGCCCUACAGGUGAGGGAGAAGGGGGGGCGCUCCUCCAGCUGUUAUCGGGGGGGCCCGGCCCGCUGCCCUCCCCCCGCUGUCUCACCCACAGCCUGAGAUUCAACUCUGACCCCGAGGCAGCGCCCUCCCCCCCCUGCAGCCAGCAGUACAUGUGUCGGGCUCUGGACCGGGUCGAUGUCUCGGAGGACCCCGGCUCGCCCUCCGUCUCGUUUCUCACGCGGCAGAUUCAGGCCCUGAAGAAGAAAGUCCGUCGCUUCGAGGACCAGUUCGAGCAGGACAUGAAGUACAAGCCGACACACAACGAUAAAUACUCGAACCCCGAGAUGAUCCGAGUGAUGGGGGAGCUGGCCACGGCUCGCAAGCGACUGAAAGAGAUGAGGCUCAGGCAGUCAGUGUUCGAGCUGAAGGACCCGGACCCUCAGAGCUGUUCGGGGGCCGGCCAGCAGGGGGCGCCGGAGAGCCUGGAGGAGACGGUGGAGUCACUGUUCAGACGCCUGAGGGAGAAGAGGCAGGCUCUCAACCUGCCAGACAACAUGAAGGACAUGACACAGGCUCAGAUGGUUCUGGAGAAGAUCACUCUUCAGAAGUGUCUUCUUUACUUUGAGAGCGUGCACGGCCGGCCGGGGGUGAGACAGGAGAGGGUGUUGGUGAAGCCGCUCUACGAUCGAUACCAGAUGAUCAAACGCCUGCUGUGUGUGAGCCCCACCAUCACCACCAUCGAGGAAGAGGACGGUUCUGAUGAAGACUCAGUGAUGGUCUCCAUGACACUUGACCCCCCCGCAGAGGAGGACGUGGACCCGACCUUCGUGUCUCCGAUCGUUGAAGUGAAACCCGUCCAGCAGCAGGCGGACCUGGCUGUCAGCAGCCUGCACGAGGCCAGCAGGUCUCAGCUGCUUCAGAGUCUCCGUGAGACGAGAGGCGAGAAGAAGACCAGACGGAAAGUUCUGAGGCAGUUCGAGGACGAGUUUUACCGUCAGACCGGGAGGAUCUGCCAGAAGGAGGACCGCAGUCCGAUGAAGGAGGAGUACCAGGAGUACAAACAGCUGAAGGCCAAACUCCGCCUGCUGGAGGUGCUUCUCAGCAAACAGGAAGUCCAGCUCGGCAGACAGGAAGUCACUAAAAAACACAUGUGAAUCUCUCAGAAACUCUGCCAAACGAGACCAAAGCUCCCGAGAGGAGGAAAGGUCUUUUAUUUUCCCGACCAGAGGACAGGAAGUGGUGCGACGACGCGCUGUUACUCUCCGACGUUUCUUCAUAUCGCAGCUACGUUAGCUGCAAAACGAGCGGAAAACGUCCAUGGAUUGCAAUCUGAUAAUCUAGAUUUUUGCUGAUAAAAAUAAACUCCCAAGGUUUGGAGAAAAAAUCUCAUGCAUGGUAACAUUCAAAUGAUUGAUGCCUUUUCUUUAAUAAAGGCCGCUCGAGUGUUGGUAGGAACAUUUCAGUUUCAGUCGUUUACUCUGAGACUUCUUUACGGCGGCCCACAGCUGCCAGAUAUAAAAACACAAAUGUGCCAAAACACAUGCAUGUCUCCUCAAGUUGCUGAAUGUUCUCUAAACGCUGCAUGUGUUGUCAAGUUGAUGGAGAUGUUUCUUCAUGUGGAACAUUUGGGGUUUUAUAUCUGCAUCCUUUCUGAAGCUGCAGCCGAUUCUCCGUACCUCUCACCACUUCCUCUCUGAACUGUAGAAACUGUAAAUACUUCAGAAAAGUUUUAUAAUAAUCUGUCAGUGGAAACCAGCAGUGUGUAUUAAUCUACCUGCAGCUUCCUCUCCAUCCUGUUUGAUUCAUUGGACCAAAUCUUUAUUUUAUACUUGAUGUGUGUGCGUGAGCUGGAAGCACUUUAAUGGAAAAAGAGACUUUAUUUAUGAACUGAAAAGCGUUUGGGACGAAGAUGCAAUGUAGAGAUAACUGUUUGUGUCGCAGAGAGAUGCAUCUGUGUUUAUAUCAUAGCACGCAUUUAUUUUUAUCCAGAUGUUUGGUAUGCAACAAGGUGCUGGUGAUCUAUAUUUAAAGAGAGAAGAGGGAACGAAAAUAAUUUUACAGCCGUCUAAAAUGUGUCCGGUGGAUCGUGAGAGCAUGAAGACAGCGUUACAGAAAGUCUCUCUGAGUUUCCUCCGUAUUUAAACACAGCAAACUUCAAUCAGAGCGAUCCUUCUGCACUUUCUGCCUUUUAUCAAAUCAACAACACAAGCAUAAUGUAAAGUUCGUCCUCCUGUAGGAGCGUUCCUCGGAUCCCAACGGUUCCUAACGCUCAUUUUUAUCUGUAUCCAACAACGGAUAAACCCACGAAGCUUCGACCAAAUAUUACGUUAACUUCCAAAGUUAUUUGCAUAAAUUAAACACAUUUUGGAGAUCUAAACUUUUCAUUUUUUUAAGUUUACUAUUCAUUAAACAGAUGUUUAUUUGAUAAGAUAUUCUCCAGAACUACAUCGUUUCUGAAAAGAGACUAAUUUAUGGAAUCUGACGCUCGAUUUUAAAUCUGAAUCUGCAGCUUUGAUCCAGAUUAAAUCCUGGCCUCUGGACGGAGAGAUGUUUUCAGUUUCCUCUGAGGUUAAACCUCCGUGUUGGUGUCACUGUAUUCAUGCUGUGAAUAUUAAACUGCAUCCUGUUGUUCCACACAGACCAGUUUCAAAUAAAUAUUU